AUGUCGUCAAGACCUAGAUUGAUUUCACUAGAUGCAUUCUCUAAGACGGUAGAGGAUGUUAAAAUUAAAACUGCAUCAGGUGGCAUAAUCACUUUAAUGUGUAUCCUUAUUGUUUUCAUAUUGAUACGUAACGAAUACAAGGAUUAUACUCUGACAGUGAUCAGGCCCGAAUUGGUUGUUGAUAGGGAUAUUAACAAGAAGCUUGAUAUAAAUUUGGAUAUCACAUUUCCUAAUUUACCGUGUGAUGUUAUGACGUUAGAUAUUCUUGAUAACACUGGAGAAUUGAAAUUGGAUAUCGUAAAAUCGGGGUUUCAAAAGUUGAGAAUAGUUGAUGGUAACGAGAUUUUAGACGAUCAGUCCAUCUUGAGCAAUGAUAUAUCUUUGGAUGAAAAAGCAAAGGGGUUGAAAGAAGGAGAGGAAGGAAAAUGUGGUCCUUGUUACGGGGCAUUGCCUCAAGACAAAAAGCAACAUUGUUGCAACGACUGUGAAACUGUGAAGCUUGCAUAUGCAAGCAUUAACUGGGGGUUCUUUGAUGGUGAAAAUAUUGAGCAGUGUGAGAAGGAAGGCUAUGUUAGUCGUUUGCGUGAUAGAAUUAAUAAUAAAGAAGGAUGCAGAGUUAAAGGUACUACACAAAUAAACAGAAUUGCUGGUAAUUUACAUUUUGCUCCCGGUGCAUCCUCUACUAUCCCAGGAAGACAUGUUCAUGAUACUUCGUUGUAUGACAAAUAUGCAGACAAGUUUGAUUUCGACCAUACCAUAAACCAUCUAUCUUUCGGAGCAAAUCCUGAGGGUGUAAAUCUAGUUCACGACUCGAGCCAUCCUUUAGAUGGAUAUGUUGCCGAGAAACAUAGCAAAUACCAUGUAUUCUCUUACUAUUUGAAAGUGGUGGCGACCAGAUUUGAAUAUAUGAAAGCGAGACCGCUAGAGACAAACCAGUUCUCUGCUGUAAAACAUGAUCGCCCUCUAGUAGGGGGUAAGGAUGAGGACCACCAGCACACAAUACACGCAAGAGGCGGACUUCCUGGUGUAUUUUUUCAUUUUGAGAUAUCGCCAUUAAAGAUCAUUAAUAAGGAACAAUAUUUUAAAACUUGGUCUGGAUUUGUCUUAGGUGUUGUGAGUUCUGUUGCUGGGGUAUUGAUGGUAGGUGCUGUCUUAGAUAGGUCCGUAUGGGCCGCAGAAAAAGCCAUUAGAAGCAAAAAAGACAUAUAA